AUGAUCAUGGGAAGGGGGUGUCAGGGAAAUGAUUGUUGGGAAAAUGAUAGGGACCCUCUGGAAAGGCAUCAAGAAGAACAAAAAAAUGAUCUCUUUGUGCAAGUAAUAGAUAUAAGUGUUUUGGGUUAG